AUGACAAAGGGUCUUACUUUGGCUCGACUGUUCUACCAGGCCGGACACAAUGUCAUUGGCGCCGACUUUGAAAGCCAUGGCGCUUUGGUGUGUGGUCGCGUCUCAAAGUCUUUGUCGAAAUUCUACUCCUUACGCAGACCCGACAAAGAUGCAGGCGUAAAACCAUAUUCGGACGAUCUGCUCAGGAUUGUUGCCGCCGAGAAAGUGCAUCUUUGGGUGAGCUGUUCUGGAGUGGCCUCGGCUCUCGAAGAUGGAAUGAUCAAAGAAAGGAUGGAAACGGAAACCGCUUGCAAGGCCAUACAAUUCGAUGUGUCCACGACCCAGCUACUCCACGAGAAAGACAGCUUCAUCCAGCAUGCGAAAGACCUUGGGCUCAAGGUGCCUCAGACGUACAAAGUCACCAGUCUUGCAGCAGCCGAAUCAUUGCUCGCUAGAGCCCGUCUGGAUGGCAAACACAAGUUCCUCCUGAAACCCACGGGAGUCCAGGAUGCUGACCGAGCUGAUAUGACUCUGCUCCCAAAGGAUAGCCACACCGACACGAUCAGUUACCUGUCCCGAAAGCACUUCUCUGCGGACUCGUCAUGGAUCCUGCAGCAGUUCAUUAGUGGCCCCGAAUAUUGUACGCAUGCCUUGGUUGUCGACGGACAAGUCAAGGCGUUUGUUGCUUGUCCAAGUGCGGAGCUGCUCAUGCACUAUGAGGCGUUGCCCACGGAUUCGAAGCUGACCCAGGCAAUGCUCGAGUUCACGACUACCUUUGCAUCCCAUCACGGCAAGGGCUUUACCGGCCAUCUGAGUUUUGACUUCAUGAUGGAAUCGGAUGGCUCUAUCUAUCCGAUCGAAUGCAAUCCGAGAGCUCAUACUGCGGUGGUGCUCUUCAGCGAUACGCCUCAGCUCGUCGAUGCGUAUCUGUCCGCACUCGAGGAUGCAGGCGUCGAAGAUUCUGGUGUGAAGGCCAAUGAAUUGUCCGAUCAACACAUCCAACCAGAUGGCGACCAGAAAUACUACUGGGUCGGCCACGAUGUCAUCGAAUUGGCGCUUGCUCCGCUCUUAUCCGCGCUCACAACCUUGCGACUGAAUCGCAAGCUACCCUCGGAUCUCUCCAGACUGCUUGAGCACAUCCUGUGGUGGCGAGAUGGCACCUUUGUUUCCUGGGAUCCCGCUCCGUGGUGGUGGCUUUACCAUGUGUACUGGCCAAUGCAGUUUCUGCACGCACUGUCGGCCGGGAAGAAAUGGAGUCGUGUCAAUGCCAGUACUACGAAGGUCUUUGAAUGCUAG